CUCCUCCACCUUACACCGUCGCCCGCAAGGGUGCGUCAAGACCCCAGUGCGUUCGUUCUUCCACCUUCGACCCCUCCCAACUCCACCCACGCCCACAGCUUUUUGACAUCCUCAUCCACCUGCUACCUACGGCGCCCAUUCCACUUCCUCGACUCUACUGAUUGUAGCUGUAGCAUCAGCUCCAGUCCGUCCCACCAACACCUUUUUAUUGCCAUCUCAACCCACACACAUUGCAUUGUAUUCCUACUAGUUCGGUUCAGUGUGCGUUUGUGGUGCUCUUCAAUAGACAGUGUUUGAGUUGGACCGUCGCACCAUAGAACGGCCCACGGGGCAGCCCUGCCGCCGUCGUCGGUGGCCUUUCACUACUUCUACCUCCCACCUUGCCAACCUACCCACCCGCCACCACAACCACCACCACCACCACGACGACCGUCACACCCUAGCCAGGCACUACCGGCCCUUUACCCUAUUUUCACCCUUCAAACCAUUUCCUGCCAUUAUCGUUCAACACUGGCGAAAAUGGCGGGCCCGCAAUAUUCUAUAGAGCAACUACAGCACCUUCGGGAGUCUCCGCUGGUCAAGAAGCCAGAUGAUCUGCCCUCAAUCAGCCAGUGGAUGGACGUCCCCGCUGAUUCGGGUAAUGAGAACCAUAACAACGUCAGCACCAAUGCCGCAGGCGUGGCUGCUCGCCGCCCGCGGGCAAACGUUCGGGGAGGUGAUGCCGCAGCUGAAGCGCUCAACAACCCAAUGGGCCAGUUCGCCCGGCGACAAAGCAUGCAGCCCGGCGAAGAUACUGUUCUCGGCCCACCCAAGUUCAAUUUCGCUUCUGCUACCCGCGCCCACAAGCACAAAGACUCUGCCACUGCAAUUACCUCGACGGAUGGCGAACAUCUAGGCGACCGCUUCCCCAAAGCCGACCGCGCCGAGCGAUGGCGAGACCGCGAGGGAGACCGCAAUAGAGAGAAGGGUCACCUCAACGGCCGGAGGGCUGCGCGAGAAGACGGAGAGAGCUGGACCGGCGCCGGUAUGAAAGGACGUAAGAGUUUGGGUCAAGAUGAUUUUGACCGGGGGUUCGGUCGCAACGGCGAUCGCGACGCUGACAAUGGAGAUGGCUCCGUACGGCGAGUAGGCAACGCACGCUGGGGACGUCGAGAGGAUACCACUGCGAAAGACGGUGACAAUGCCCGCUUCGGUGCCGCUGGUCAGGGCGGUUGGCGUGAUCGAGAGCGCAAUCGCGAACGUGAGAAGGAUCGCGAUUGGAACCGUGGUGGCAACAAGGAAGAAGAUCCCGAGUGGAUGGAUGCACCUAUAGAGAAGAAAGAGUCAAAGCAGCACACUCAAGAAGACUUCCAGCGAUGGUUGGAACAGAGCCGAGCCAGCAAGGGCGGAAAGGUUCCAGUUGAGGAGCGCGAGGAACCUCGAGCGGACGUGGGUCAGGCGUUGGAGGAAAUACCCGCGACCGUGACUGAGCAGACUGCAUUGAAAAUGGCCGUUAAUACUCCCACGCUGGAACCAAACCUUGGCAACAUGUUCGGUACUUGGGGCAAGGAAAAGCCUGCGGAAUCAAUGUCUGCAGACCCAGCUCCUCCAAAAGCCAAGGCAGUUCAGAAAUCCAGGUUCAUGACCAUGUUUGCGAAGCCAGAGGAGCCCUCCGCACCCUUACCCAUUCCUUCAGCAGCCCCUUCGUCGCCAGGCCCCGUCCCUGAAGCCAGUGCUGAUCAGGAAGGCUUCAAUCGGAUCCUCCAAAUGCUUGCGACUCACAACAUCGCUAGUCCUUCUGCGGCUUCUCCAGCACCAUCUCAGCAAACGAAUGAUACGCGGCAAGGCGGCGUCGCGCUGGACUUCCCACAUUAUUCUCCUCCGCCUCAAGAUGUUCAAAAGCAGAGGGCGCCUCCUCCGCAGCCAUCUAGAACCACCGAGCAGCAAGCUUUGAUAGAGAACAUUUUAAGUCAACGGCAUAUCGCUCCAGAGAGCAGACCCCCACAACAAGGUAGAAUCAGCAGUAUGUCGCCAGACAAUGGAUUGAACGAGCUCUUUCGAGCUCCGAGGGCAGAACCCAAAUUUCUUGGCGACGAGUAUCCAAUGCAGCAGCCUCCGAGGAACCACAACAUGCAGGAUCCCAAUCUUGCGGCUAUUCUGAACAACCGCCCCCGGGAGGAUGCCAAUCGUGAACGGGAGUCGAAGGAAUUCCUUCUCACCUUGAUGCAGCAACCCCGCAAUACUCCUCCGCAAAUGCCCAAUCACAACCUGCCUCGUCAACAAAUGGAAUCUCAGAACCUAGCAUUCUUUGAUCAGCCUGGACAGCAGCGUCUUCAAGGUCAACCGAAAGGCCGCGGUGGACCCCCACCUGGCUUCAUGGAAGAUCCGCGCCUAUUCGAAAACGAAAUGUUGCGUCGCGAGGCUGAGCACCGCCAACACCAAAUGCGUGAAUUCCAACAGCAAGAGGCCAUGCGCAACAAGAAUCGUGGGAUGCCAAUGGGAUUUCCGGGGCAAGAGGACCCUGCAAUUGCAGGACUACAGCGUCGUAACACGGCCGGUGAGAUCCCUCGCCAAUUGACCAACAUGGGAAUACCGUCUCAACCUCAUCCUGAAAUGCCGUUCAUGGGUGGUGGUCGCCAGCCAGGAAUGCCUCCCACACCGCAAGAUCGUCCUAACAUUGCGCCUCCACCUGGUUUUGGUAUGAGGCAACCCCCGGGGCUUGGUCCGCAGCAGCAGCAAAUGGGACCCGUGCCGAGCUUUUCAGCAGGCAACACUCCGCUAGGUCAUCCACCUGGAUUUCCCCCUCCACCGCCGGGUAACAUGGCUCGUCCUAAUUUCCCCGGAGGGCCUCAAGGAGGAGCUGGGAAUGGUAUGCAAGGCCCGCCUCCCCCGAUGCAAGGCUACUUCCCACCACCGGGAUACGGACCACCGCCGCCAAUGCAGAUGCGUGGCGAUGAGCGGAUGAUGUUUGAGCCGCAAUUUGGCGGGGGACCGGGUGGGCCGAGGCAACAGCAGCCCGGUCGUCCGGGACCUCCUCCGAACAUGUACUAG